AUGUCGGUCAUUCAACUUUCAUUAGAAUGCCUCGACAAUGUUUUUGAAUUUCUCGAAGAGGAAAACUCACUGUAUUCUUCUUUAUUUGUAAACCAUGAAUGGUUAUCGGUAGCUGCAAAAAUCCUCUGGAGGGAUCCUUUCGGUGCCUGUUUGUCCCCUUUUGAUGACGAAGACCAAAUUGAAAAAUUCCAAAGAAACUCCACAGAUUUUAUCAACAGUUUAGUUUCCUUUCUUCCAAACACCGUCAAGAAUACUAUCAAAGAAUUAAAGUUUCCCGAAUCAAAAAAUGAAAAGCCAUUGGUCGACUAUCUUUCGUUCAUUCAGACUCUUGACUAUUACCAACUAUACAAUUAUGUUGGCAUGUGGCUGAACGAGACUCAAGCGCUCUCCGUCGGAACUCGCAAUGCUACCUUGAAGCAAAAAAAACAGGGACCGCAGUUUCUCCUUACGCAAGAAUUGUGCAGGUUGAUUAUUGCUAAGUCAGAUGGAAUUAAAAAAUUGAGUUUACACACUACUAUUCGUGGCCCUUUUGGAUUUGUUUCACCACCUGUAAUACCAUUUACCGAAUUCCCAGGUGCACCGAUCUCCUUUAAGGAACUAGAACAUCUCAUUUGUAUAGUGGAAAGUGAGUUUUCAAACAUUUAUAAAGGGUUAUCAUAUAUCUCACAAAACAUUAAGGGUUUCGAAAUAGUAGAAUAUAAACAAGAUAAUCAAGAAUUCGCAAAUCUUAUCAAUGCUCAACGAGACAUACAAACUUUCGAUUAUAUUGGUGGUAAUGUGCAAACUACACCGCGCAUUGCCCAAGCAUUACGUGAAAGAACACAAUCAUUAACUAAAUUGAGUAUCACGGGAAACAAUUCGAUACCUCUCGAUAUAUUCAAUAAAUCUGGUUUUUUGGAAUCACUUGAACUUGUUGGAGAUUUCCAAGUUACCGAAUUCAGAAAAUUGGCCGAGACCAAUCUCACAAAAUUACGUACAUUAUCAUUGACAUUUGAGAAACUGUAUGUCAAAGAACUGAUCACCUUAUUGGAACAUACUAAUGGAAAUCUAACUGAAAUCGAGAUUUUAUGGGACAAACAUGCAACUGGAGAGUCAGAAGGAAUCAACGCAAUUAAGUCUCAACUCGCAAAUUGUAUUCCAAGUUCUCUGCAAGUGCUUGAUCUGAGUAAAAGUAAUUGGGUCAUUGAUGCAUCAACAUUAGCCACUUUUCUUCAGCAAUGCGAGCGUAAAUUGGAUGCGCCACUUUAUCUUGAACUUUGUCACAUGUCUGAUGAAAUUCGAUCGAUCUUUGAAGAAUAUCAGGAUAAAGGUGUAUUGACGGAAAGUGAAUGUUUGAAAUCUUUGGUGAUCGACGAUGAAUUACUGGAAGAAACUGAUAAUCUCUCACCAUAUUUGGAAGAAUAA